UGCUGAAAUCCCCUGCGCGGGCGCUACCAGGGGCGCGAUGGGCGCGACGGCAGCCCUGUGCGGGGUCGCGCUGCUCUGCGCUCUGGGCCUGGGUCAGCGUCCCGCCGCGAUGCCGAGCUGUGGCCCCGGGCGCUUCCUGGACGGGCAGGGCACCGCCGCGCGCUGCUGCGGCCCCUGCGCCCCGGGGGAGGCGCCGUGCCCCGGACGGAACUGCACGUGUGUUCAAGCCGAGUUCCACUGCGGAGACCCCCAGUGCAGCACCUGCAAACACCAUGUGUGCCCGCCGGGACAGGAGGCUCAGCCUCGAGGGAGCUUCAGCUUCGGCUUCCAGUGUGUGGAGUGUGCUGAGGGCACCUUCUCCGCGGGCAGCGGGGCCCUCUGCAGGCCCUGGGCAGAGGAACAAGACCCACAAUGCAGCCUGCGUCCUGGGCCCGGUGCCCAGAGAGCCUUCCGGCUGGCUGCUGCCAGUCCUACUGGCCGUGGCAGCCUGUAUCCUGUUCCUGACUGCUGCUCAGCUUGGCCUGCACAUCUGGCAGCUGAACAGGUGGCGCAGGUGGCCCCCAGAGGCCCUGCUGUCCCUGGAGCCACCACCACUGGCAGCCGAGGACUCCUGCAGCUGGCAGUUCCCAGAGGAGGAGCGUGGAGAGCGGCUAGCAGAGGAGAAGGCCCGAGGGAUCCUGCAGGCGUGAGCUGGCCUGAACACAGGGGCAGAACCCCAGUGGCCCUGGGGGUCCUGCUGCCCGCCUCAGGGCUGGCCCUGCUCCCUGCGCCUGUGAAACUGGGUGUCGGACAGUGAAGUGGCUGUGGAGGGGCUCUGCUGGGCAGAGGGCUGGGGUGUGGUGGCUAGCCCUUCCCCUAGAGCAGAGGCUGUGCCCAAGGAGUUGUAGUGUCCAGCUCAGGGCCUGGCUGCAGGUUCUCAAUAAACACUCCUCAGUGCUGAGUGA